GAUUUGGGAGUUCUUUGCUUAAGGGAAUUCACUUUGGUAGUAAAUCAAGAAGAACCAAAGUUGUUGAAAGUAGUAUUAAUACUCCAACUACUUAUGUUUGUAGAGAUGAGUUGGAUAAGAAGAAGCCCAAAAUCAAGAAACAAGUUAAAUUUGAUCUAGAACCAAAGUAUCAUCCAUCACAACAAGAAGAAGAAAUUAAUCAUGAGGAGGAAAAUAAAAAGAAUAACACUUUCGAGAAAAAUACAGUUACUCAAAGAGAAAAUACACAUGCAAAUAAUGAUGGGGUUAUAAAAGUGAAAAUCUUAAUGAAAAAAGAAGAUGCUGUGAGACUUCUGCUUAAGUGCAGAGAUGGAGGGGCACUCAAGUUUAUGGAUGUUGCACAACAACUUGUACAAGUUCCUUCUAGUAAUGUUAGAGUUCUCUCUUCUCCUGGUCGUAACUAGGGAUGACAAUAGAGCAUGACGAGCGAGUCUAUUUAUGGAUGUUGCUCAACAACUUGUACAAGUUUCUUCUAAUAAUGUUAGAGUUCUCUCUUCCCCUAGUCGUAAUUAGGGAUGACAAUGGAGUAGGGCGAGACUAUUUAUGAAUGUUGCACAACAACUUGUACAAGUUCCUUCUAAUAAUGUUAGAGUUCUCUCUUCUCCUGAUCGUAACUAGGGAUGACAAUAGAGCAUGACGAGUGAGUCUAUUUAUGGAUGUUGCUCAACAACUUGUACAAGUUUCUUCUAAUAAUUUUAGAGUUCUCUCUUCCCCUAGUCGUAAUUAGGGAUGACAAUGGAGUAGGGCGAAACUAUUUAUGAAUGUUGCACAACAACUUGUACAAGUUUCUUCUAGUAAUGUUAGAGUUCUCUCUUCUCCUGGUCGUAACUGGGGAUGACAGUGGAGCAGGGCGAGGUUGAUGUAUGUAUGAUAAAAUUAGUUUUAUCAUGCAUAAUUUUCAACUCGCUCGACCACUAAGAGCCUUUUAUUUAUUUA